CAUACUUCCUAGGGUUUUUGCGGGGUUUGAUCAUACUCACGAUGAGCCUGGUCGCUGGGUCAUACGAGAGAUUCAUAUGGGGCUUCAAGCUCAAGCCUUUGGUUCAUCGUUCAGAUGAAACCCUAUCACUGUCGCCCCUAUUCUCGUAUCCUUCUCAUCUCUCUCAGAUCAAAGCCGUCGCAAUCUCCGGCCCCGUUGUUGCCUCCGGCGGCACCGACGACACCAUCCAUAUAUACGAUCUCAAUGCCUCCUCCUCCCUCGGUUCUCUUCAUGACCACACUGCCACCAUCACCUCCCUUUCAUUUUAUACUCCUCCCCACCUCAACUUCCCUCGCAAUCUCAUCUCAGCCGCCGCCGACGGAGCCGUUUGCAUCUAUGAUGCUGAUUCUUUCGUUCACCUAAAGACCGUCUCUGCUCACAAGAAAGAUGUUAACGAUCUCGCCCUGCAUCCCUCGGGGAAGUUAGCAUUGACUGUGGGUCGGGAUGGGUGCUUAGCUAUGCUGAAUUUGGUGAGGGGCAGAAGGAGCUUUUACUGUAGGUUGGGAAGAGAAGCCAGCUUGGUGAAGUUUGAUUCGACUGGCGAGUUCAUUAUGGCCAUGGAAGAGAAGGCUUCGGUGCACGAGGCUGAGGAUGCUCGGCUGUUGUUGGAAUUCCAGAACCAGAAGCGGAUUCUCUCUGUCGAGCCUGGCGAGAAUGGUCUUUUAUACACUGGUGGUGAAGACCGCAAUAUCACAGCAUGGGAUACAAACAGUGGGAAGGUUGCAUAUAGUAUUGAAGAUGCUCAUAAAACUCGUGUAAAGGGAAUUGUUGUGCUCACUAAGCACUGCGGUGCAGGCGAAGGCGAUGACCCUCACCUAGUGGCAACUGCUUCAUCCGAUGGAGUCAUACGAGUCUGGGAUGAUCGCAUGGCUACUAGAGGGAAGCCAAAUCCAUUGGCCGAGGCUAAUACGAAAUCACGGUUGACUUGUCUUGCCGGAACAUCUAUAAAACGUGUUAAAUGAUGAGUCCUUUGAUGUUCUGCUUGCUUAUAGAUUGCGGAACUGUUAUUGUCAUUGAUUAGCUGGGGCUGACUAAGUAUCCUGGCAAAGUGCCGCCAUCCAGUUUUGUUGUAUAUUUCAUUUUAACAAUUAUUCUUCAAGGAGAUAAUGUGAAAGGUAAGAUCAGGUAGGAUGAUGCUGUGUUCCU